AUGGAGGGCGCUAGCUUUCAGCCCCAUCCCGGACUCCAGCAAACUCUCAAGCAGUUUCAUCUGAGUUCCAGCCGCUCUCUGGGCGGCCCGGCCGCCUUCUCCGCCCGCUGGCACCAGGACGCGCUCUUCUGCAAAGAUGGCAAAGCCGCCGAGCUGAUGCUCUCCCUGCCGGCCCAGACCCCGCCGGUCAUGUCCGGCCCGCUCUUCAUCCCGUCCGACCGCUCCACGGAGCGGUGCGAGACGGUGCUGGAGCGGGAGCCCAUCUCCUGCUUCGUGGUCGGCGGGGAGAAGCGCCUGUGCCUGCCGCAGAUCCUCAACAGCGUCCUGAGGGACUUCUCCCUCCAGCAGAUCAACUCGGUGUGCGACGACCUGCACAUCUACUGCUCCCGGUGCACGGCCGACCAGCUGGAGAUCCUCAAAGUGGUGGGCAUCCUGCCCUUCUCGGCUCCGUCCUGCGGGCUGAUCACGCAGACGGACGCGGAGCGCCUGUGCAACGCGCUCAUCUACGGGGGGGCCUACCCCCCCCGCUGCAACAAGGAGCUGGGCUCCCUGGAGCUGGAGCGGACCGAGACCAGCUUCAGGGUCUACCACGAGUGUUUCGGCCGGUGCAAGGGGCUGUUCGUCCCGGAGCUGUACGCCGGCCCGGCCGCCGCCUGCAUUCAGUGCAUGGACUGCAGACUCAUGUACCCGCCGCACAAGUUCGUGGUCCACAGUCACAAGAGGCUGGAGAACCGGACUGUCCACUGGGGCUUCGACUCGGCCAACUGGCGGGCUUACGUGCUCUUAGACCCGGACUACACCGACAAGGAGAAAAGCCACCUGGAGCAGCUGCUAAAGGAGUUGAAAGGAAAAUACGACCUGACGGGCAAACUGUCCAGUAAAUCCUGCCGAUCUCCCAGCCCGAUACCACCCAAGAGGUCCAAAUUUGACAAAUUACAGUCUCCAUCAGCUGACAAAGACAGAAAGCCUGACUGGUUGCAAACACUAUCCAAGUCUGCGCACAAGGAUCUGAAACAGGCCCAGCUGAAACAGAGGCCCUCUGCUUUCCGCCCCUGGUCUCCUAAAGCAACAGAGAGAGAGAAACCAGCCUCUCAAAUUGAGACAGAGAGGUCCUGCUCUCGGAAUCAGGAGACGUUGCCAGCUCCCCUGGCCCCCUUACUCCAUCACAAGGACAGCCACACUCCUGGCAGGGGGCCCACAGCCAUUUCCACUCAGGAUCUGCAUAAUGGUGACACACAGCCCACAGCAAAAUCAGCCCAUUCUAUCCCCACCGAUCGAGCCGACGACCUAGACACGGACGGAGAGAUCGAUGUGGACGACUGCGAUGAUGGUCCAGCGCCAGCCUCGUCCCUGACUUCACCCCCGUUGGCUUUCACCAGCGGGCCUCAGAGUGUGUCACCUCACAGUGGGGCCCGGGCUCAGGAGAAACCUUCCUGGCUGGCAGGUACAGUUUGCCCAGAGAUGGACAUCAUGAGGCAGAUGCUGCAUGCUGGCCUGGACUCCAAAGAGGCUCGAGAAAAACUCCUGCAGGAGAUUGUCAGGAUGAGAAUGAAGCAGGAGGAGAAGCUUGCAGCUGCCGUGCAAGCCAAACGCAGCCUUCAGCAGGAACUGGAGUUUGUGACAGUGGCCAAAAAAGGCCGUCUUCGGGAUGCCAUCGAAGCAAAACGCAAUUUGCGAAAGGAGAUUGAGCGCCUUCGUGUGGAUUGGGAGAGGAAGAUGAGGGAUGCAGAAGAGUCUUGCGGGCGGCUAAGAAGAGAGUUGGACAGAGAGAGGCAAAUGCGAGUUUGUGACAAAGGCUGUGAGGCUGAACGUCUCCGGGUCAAGUACUCAGCUCAGAUUGAAGAGCUGCAUGUGCAGCUACAGCAGGCGGAGGCCGACCGUGAGCAGCUGAGGCAGGAGCUUCAGCAGGAGAGAGAAGCUCGGCAGAGCCUGGAGAGCGUAGUGAAAGACCUGCAGAGCCAGCUGGCUCAACAGGCCAGCGGCUGUUUUCCUGGAGACUGCAAGGACACAAACUCAGACACACACAGCCAGACCACACAACCCAGCAACGGAUCCUAA